AUGGCUGUCGGGAAAAAUAUAUAUUUAUUACUCGUCAUCCUUUCUUCGAUGUCCGUCAUUUCACACUCUUACGUGUCGCAAGCCACAGGUAGAAGAUUGUUCGGUGGAUAUAGAAUAAUACCGAAACCGUGCCAGCCAACGAUACCAUCCCGAGCGAAGCCAAACGAGCCUGCGAUAUGCAUGUUUAAUUACGAAUGCUCGCGCCGAAAUGGACAAGUCGUCGGGGCAUGUAUGGAUGGUUUCCUUUUCGGUGCAUGUUGCCAGUUGCCAUUGAAAAAUUCAAUUAACAGCAACGUCGAAAAUGUUCCAAACUCCGAUGAAAUAUUCAACGUAUACGCAGUCGAUCACGUCCCAGAUAUUCCUAUCUUGCUAAAUUCGGACGGAACGCCGCUUGGUAUGACGAUAUCCCAAGACAAUACCGUGAAGACCGAGGUGCCUGGUACACCUAAUCUAGCGAUUAACGAAGGAACGACGUACACGAAAAUUUCAACGUUCGACGCACCUUUGACCACCGCGAAACCAGUAUCCGAAAUUUCUCAAAUUCAGGACAGUGUCCAGAACGCGGAAAAGCCGCAAUUACCUGCGCAGCCGGACAUAAGCCAUCUCGAAGAAGAUUUUCCGGCUUUGUUGGGUCAACAGAAUGUCUUGGACGAUUUGGGUCUUCCGGGACUGUUGAGUCACUCUGACUCGAACAACAACAUUCAGAAUCAUCAGGACAAUUCCGCUAUUAAUCCGGUUACCACUUUACUCAGCCCGGAUCAGAUACUUCAGAUAGCUGAUCCGGUUGACCAACUGCCAGCCUUGUUUUCUCAGGGAUUGGGCCAAAGUAAUCAUAGCUCGGCCGAUACGAUAUUGUUAAACGAGAACGGGACCAUGUUAAACGAAAUGAAUAAUCCUGAUGAUCUAUUUAAACCCGACGACGAACCCGACAACGAGAAAAAGAAAGUGACCGAAACCCCGAGUACCACUGAAGAGCCGAAAGUAACCGACAGCGUGUCAUCUACGAAAAUUAAGAGGCCUCAGCACGACACCACUUAUCAAAGUACUUUGACCACGGAGUGGUUAAAGUUUCCCGAUCAAUCUGCAUCUUCUAUGCAUGGCGCGAUAUCUGCCUCAACGGGAGAUCAAAUAUUCAGCACAUCGUCGAUGACGAGAUUGCCGACGGUCACCCAAAUCUAUGCUAACACGCAAAGGCAUACGACUACUUCACUGCCACAAGAAACAGCCAUCGAUAACUUUGAAAAAAUUAGCACGAUAGAGGAAAGAAUAUCAACGAAGAACAUGGAAGCCAUCGAGUCUACUACUAACGAAAGGACAACAACACCAAUGACUACUCUAAACGAUAAGAAGGACGAACUAGUUGAAAUUCCGAUAAUUACGUACGACACACCCUCGGGUAAUAAAAAGGACGACAUAGUAGAUAAGGAAGAAUUAGCGAUCAAUCACAUAAUCUCCAUUCUGAACAACACGAAACCAGGUGCAGGGACCACGAUUCAAACCCCGAAUUCGUCCAUUAAUAAAUGGGUCAGCAUCGACGAAACUUCGAAACCAUCCCUGGUGCGAAUCUCUACGAAACCUCCUACCGUUGAACCCACCACUGUUCAAUCCUUUCCUUACACCUUUUAUAAACCAGUGCAAUCGUCGAAUUAUUACAAUUACGAGACAGUUCCUACAGACACGACCUACGUUUCCUAUUCGACCUCUAGCUCGCAUUCGUCGAAACCAUCGACUCAAUCAACUUUUGCUGAUAUCGGCACCUCCAAUUAUUCCACGAAAUCGUCUACGACAAACCCUCCUGCACCGACGGUGAUAGUUCUAGGCCCUCUUGGUACGGAAUUUACUACGGAAACUACUCAGAAAACGAUGACGAGAAAGCCAGUAACCGAAACCGUCGGACCUACCACGACAGCUUUGAAGCCCACUGUCGGAUCGGUGAAACCUAGUCCACUUACCACGAAGAAACCCAGCGUCUCCACGACUAUAACUCACAACAUUAGCACGGUGAUCUCCAAUGUUGCUACUAAUAACGUGGUUUCGACGAGUUUCUUCAGUGUCAACGUGAAAGACGGGACUACUUCUAAACCAACGGUGAACAAUGACUAUAGCACAGAACCUGUUGUCGUGGAGACCGAACCGGUGCAAGAUUCCGAGAAGUUAACAACGAAAAGACCCACGAUCUGGACUACCCUCUCUACGUGGCCUUUUAAACCAGGUUUCCACUUGAAACCAUCCACUCCUUCGUUCAUAUUCUCAGACGAGAACCUAGCACCUGUCAAUACGAUCAUCUUCAAGGAUCCUGUGAUAUCGACGGUAAUGGAUUUCAAAGCGACCACCGCUUUGCCACACUGUGACGAAGAAACGGCUGCACCUGAUGAUCUGAUCAACUUCCCUCCCGUGCGAAAUCCAAAUCUCAACAUAUCGGCUCCAAUUUCGCAACAGGAAAAGCCGACUAUAGUUGAAACCUUUAAUAACACGGGUUAUCCGGAUAUCGAGAUAAUAAGCGAAAAUGAUAUCCCAACGCCGACCUUCAUCGAAGAUGAUGUUCUCACUAACAAAGUCGACACUUUCGUCAACAAAAUCGUACAGUCUCUACAAGGCAACUUCCAAGAUCUCAAAGACGUUGUGUACAAUCGUGUGAAUGCAACAUCGAUCGUGCCAUCCACCGUAACGAAGAGACCGAUCACUACCACGAGAAAACCCGUGCGAAAACCAUCGACAACGACGAAACCUUCGUACGCGACGACGAAGAAACCGGCAACCACGAAGAGGCCAACCAAUCGUCCAACAACCUUAAAACCAUCGGUAUCGGAAAAACCAGUUCGUCCUUCGAAACCGUCAACUUUGAAACCGAAACCAACCACGGUGUCCGGCGUGACCACGAAGAAACCCCAGGUUACAACGAAACGUACUAGACCAACUAGAAAACCUACUACAACGCUAGCUACAAGCACGGAAGCAGCAAUUGUGGGAGAAGAUGAAACCAGUACUUCGAGCGCAGUCGAAACUACCACGAGUUCGCAGAUUACGUCUUCGAAUGACUUUCGUUCUCAAUGUGGCAUAAGACCGUUGAUAAAGUCUGGUAGAAUUGUCGGUGGUAAGGCAGCAUCUUUCGGUGAGUGGCCAUGGCAAGUUCUAGUUCGAGAAGCCACUUGGUUGGGCCUCUUUACGAAAAAUAAGUGUGGCGGUGUUUUGAUCACCGACAAGUAUGUCAUCACGGCAGCCCACUGUCAACCAGGAUUCUUAGCAAAUUUGGUAGCCGUUUUUGGAGAAUUCGAUUUAUCUGGCGAAUUGGAAUCAAAACGGAGCGUGACGAGGAACGUACGACGAGCGAUCGUUAACAGAGGCUAUAAUCCGACUACGUUCGAAAGUGACUUAGCUCUUUUGGAACUGGAAUCGCCGAUACAAUUCGAUCUUCACAUUGUCCCGAUUUGCAUGCCCGACGAUGGUAUAGAUUUCACUGGUAGAAUGGCCACUGUUACCGGCUGGGGUCGAUUAAAAUACAAUGGCGGGGUUCCUUCCGUUUUGCAGGAAGUUCAAGUGCCUAUAAUUAAAAAUUCCGUGUGUCAAGAAAUGUUUCAAACCGGUGGACAUUCCAAACUAAUUCUUGACAGCUUCCUCUGUGCCGGAUAUGCCAACGGACAAAAAGAUUCUUGCGAGGGUGACAGUGGUGGUCCACUAGUAAUGCAACGACCAGAUGGAAGAUGGUUUUUAGUAGGCACGGUGUCCCAUGGAAUAACCUGUGCUGCACCCUAUCUUCCAGGUGUUUACAUGCGAACAACUUACUUCAAACCUUGGCUACACAGUAUCACUGGGGUUUGA